AUGAUAAACUAAAAAAAAAAUAGUAUUCUUACUCGCUUAUUGAAUCUAGAGCCUCAGAAUUUUGAAAGAUAAAACUCUUUUGUUCGUAAUAUAGAAAAUUAAAAUGAUAAAAAUAAUGAACUAGAUGAAACUUAAGAGCAAACUACUAAUUAAAUUCAAGACUAGUGUAAUUGUAAAGCCACUUUAAAAAGGAAUAUAUUUGCUAAUACAAUAAUAAAUAAGAAUGCUCACAAAUUGGUGAAAAUAGGGUAAAACGGGGAACAAAAUUUAAAUAUUCUUUAAAACGAACCUAUUGAUGAUGUUAUGAUUACAGAUUUAGAACGUUAAAUAUACGAAUAACUAGAUUAAUUAGGAAUCAGACUAGCUGAUCCUUUGGAAUUAUAAAACAAUUAUUAUCAAAGAGUGCGUAGUGGUUUACUAAGCUAAGAUGAAAUUCAAUCAGAAAGAUUUCUGACUCCUAAAAUUUGUCACUCUUAAUAAGAUAUAGAAACAAGGGCUAGCUCUUAGCCUUUAUUUUCAUCAGAUGAAAAUAUUGAAUCAAGUAAAAGCGCAGAUUUAAAAUUUAAUGAAAGUAAAAUAUACUUAAAAAGAUCUUCUUUUAAACGACCAAUAAUAUUAUAAUAAUAUUCAAAGAGUAAUACUUCAGAAUAAAGUUACUGA